AUGACCCGCUGGCAUACACCCAUCUGCGUAUCGCCCGAUGUGGUAUUGAAUGGGGACCUCCCCAUUUGCAACACAUGCGGCGCCGUACCAGAUUUAGGUGCCAUCAGAUUAAAGCAACAGCAAACAAGUCCUCUCCCAUCGAUCCCGCCUAAUGAACCCCCGGGACAGUUUAAUCUCUACUGGCCGCUUGGUUCCCUUUACUCUCACACCAAGGCUCCCCAAGACUCCAACGCCAACAAUCAGAACGAAAAGCGACGCUCAACUAACAACUUCGAACCAUCACCAAUUUAUCAGCACCGCCUGCAGGAUCACGAGUUUCGUCUUCUGCGACUCGAAGCGGCCCCCAGCGGCAUGGGUCUUUUGCAUGUUCACCUAGAGACGCACGACCAAGAAAGAUUUCCCAUAUAUGAGACGGUCUCAUAUACGUGGGGCGGAGAAAACAACGACAACUUCCGCUGCCGGCCAGUUUUCAUCGGCCCCCAUUGGGACGUCCUUCUCCAGACGCAAAACUGCUGGGACAUGCUCAAGUUCCUUCAACCCGCGGAUGGCCUGCGGAGAAUCUGGGUUGAUGCCAUCUGCAUUAAUCAACAAGAUGAUAAGGAACGCGAAGCACAAGUUUCCAAAAUGGUUAAUAUCUACCAAGAAGCCCAGAGAGUGGUAGUUUAUCUCGGGAAUAGUUUGAUUGACUCGGCUACCCCUCAUAAAUACCCCCUCCGGCGAAAGCUCGAACACUCGAUCAUGCAAUCCAACGAUAGCGACCACCUGGUCAGGGACGGCAAACUUGACCUCAACAAUUUGCUCGCUAAGAGGUAUUUCAGUCGCCUCUGGGUUAUUCAAGAGCUUGUCGUUUCUCGACAAGUUGUCUUUCAAGUGGGCGACACCGAGUUCUGGGCCGAUGGGGCAACUGUUCCUCAGCUCAAAAGUCACGACUGGGAGAAUACAUCGGCGUCGUGGCUCGUACAUAUGGCUCAGGGAACGUCCCCAGGUAGUGACAUCUACGAUGCCAUGCGAGCAACAUGGAGUUCCAAGGCAUCUGACCCUCGAGACAAGAUCUUUGGUAUUCUAGCCCUACUCGACGACCAUCGAGAGAGGGAACUUUUCCGGCCGGAUUACUCAUUAUCCUUUUUCCACAUAUAUCUUGGAGCACUCGCCUACUCGCUGCUUGGCCAAAAGCGUGUCGAGAUCCUUUGCCAUGGAGCUGGUCGCUCCGCGCCCUAUGUCCAACCGUCGUGGAUGAUCGAUUGGAAUACCCCAAGAUGGCCAACGCUCUAUGGCCUCCAAGAUGAAGCUGAACGGGCAUUCAACUCCUGGUAUCGCCAUCGGCCUGCAGACUGGGUACGGCCAUCUAGGGAUGACCUGACUCUAGCUAAGGAAAACAUUUCAAUCCCUCCUCUUGGCCUCGAAGGCCUGAUAUUUGAACAAUACGUGUUUUCCCAGUUCAGCACUCAAUAUAAAAGUCGCUGCGGAACGAGGUUUUCUACCAACUGUCUCUUGUAUGAGCAGGAGUCAUACAACUUCACAGAUCUUGAUGAGGGGGAGGUGCAAAGACUUAAGGAGGAGAGCUGGGACAAGGGGGCUGCAGUUGAUGCUUCUACAGGGAGCUUGACGAUCAACCUGACACGUAUCUGCGAGUUCGCUGUCGUGCCCUCAAAGGUCCACACGCACGAAGGUAUGAUGAUUUUCGAGGUGCAAGGCGCCACCCCAAACAAAGUAUGGAUGUAUUUGAUCACCGACAUGCCUCUCGACCAUCUUGUUAUUCCUACGAGGGAUCACUUGUUCGUCUUGGAUCAAGGGGACGAAAAGACAUUCGUGAUUCUCAUCCUGCGGAAGCUCGACGACAGCCCAGUCUUCCGGCUGAUCGGAUGCUGCUACGGCUUAUAUUUCCGAUCGAUUGGACCAGACGAAUUGAACCUGCCAGAAGACGACCUGCUCUUUCUCUCUGACCUUCGAAAGCGCCAGCGCUUAGACCACAUUAUGAGAUGGAUCCCUGGGUGGGCAAUUUUUGAAGACCUCCGGCACCUACAGCCCGACAGUCUUAAUGAGCGUCAGCUCAGCACUCUCCUCCAUAAGCUCCUCCGUGGAUCGGGUUUAGAGUCGCUUCAAGCCUACUGUGACUGUAUCCAUCCGCGAUUUCACCCGGUUUUCAAUGGGGAACACGUCGAAAUAACUAUCCAUCUCACCAACUGGCAGUCGCUUCUUGAGAUCGGGUCUAUCGGUUGCUUGAUUGGGACUUAUGCAGAGAUAAGGCUCGAGGGGGAGAAAGAUUGGACGAGCCCGACGAGGACCAUGGACUGGCUUCGAACGGACCUGGAGUACGGAGAAUUUCGUUUUCUGGUUAGAGAUAACAAGCCCCUUCAGUUUCACUUGCGAGUGUCUCGGGACAACCUGCAUGCCUUGGUGAGCUCCAUUCCCACCAAGGCUCUAGCGGGGCUCCACUCCCGGUACAACUCGGAUGCUCGGUUCUAUAUGCCACCGAAGAGAAUCGUGGGAGAAGAGGCUGGCAUGCUGACUUGUCCUGCUUGGCCACGCUCAGUCUUGGAAGGGUUCACGAUUGACGGGAGGAUGUAUUGUGUUUGUGUCGCGUAG